ACACACUUUAGAUAAGGACAAUUAGUCACCAUCGAGACCCAGCAGGGAGAGAAGUUUAAAUCAGAGGGAUUUAAUGAGGGUGCUCGGUGCCUUCCCUGAAGCCAUGUCCUCCAGCAACUCCCGCCCCCUGUCGUGCCUAGUCCCGGUGGCUCUCUCCUUUGCUCUGUUGCUCCAUCUCUCCUUUUCCUCCCAAGCUGGAGACAGGAGGCCCUUGCCUGUAGACAGAGCUACAGGUUUGAAGGAAAAGACUCUGAUUCUACUUGAUGUGAGCACCAAGAACCCAGUCAGGACAGUCAGUGAGAACUUCCUCUCUCUGCAGCUGGAUCCCUCCAUCAUUCAUGAUGGCUGGCUCGAUUUCUUAAGCUCCAAGCGUCUGGUGACCCUGGCCCGGGGACUUUCGCCCGCUUUUCUGCGCUUCGGGGGCAAAAGGACAGAUUUCCUGCAGUUCCAGAACCUGAGAAAUCCUGCGAAAAGCCGCGGGGGCCCGGGCCCGGAUUAUUAUCUCAAAAACUAUGAGGAUGACAUUGUGCGGAGUGAUGUUGCCUUGGAUAAACAGAAAGGCUGUAAGAUUGCCCAGCACCCUGAUAUCAUGCUGGAGCUCCAGAGAGAGAAGGCAGCUCAGAUGCAUCUGGUUCUUCUAAAGGAGCAGUUCUCCAAUACUUACAGUAAUCUCAUACUAACAGCCAGGUCUCUAGACAAACUUUAUAACUUUGCUGAUUGCUCUGGACUCCACCUGAUAUUUGCUCUAAAUGCACUGCGUCGUAAUCCCAAUAACUCCUGGAACAGUUCUAGUGCCCUGAGUCUGUUGAAGUACAGUGCGAGCAAAAAGUACAACAUUUCUUGGGAACUGGGUAAUGAGCCAAACAACUAUCGGAGCAUGCAUGGCCGGGCAGUAAAUGGUAGCCAGUUGGGAAAGGAUUAUAUCCAGCUGAAGAGCCUGCUACAACCCAUCCGGAUUUACUCCAGAGCCAGCUUGUAUGGCCCUAAUAUUGGACGGCCCAGGAAGAACGUCAUUGCUCUCCUAGAUGGAUUCAUGAAGGUGGCAGGGAGCACAGUGGAUGCGGUUACCUGGCAACAUUGCUACAUUGAUGGCCGAGUGAUCAAGGUGAUGGACUUCCUGAAAACUCGCCUGUUAGAUACACUCUCUGACCAGAUUAGGAAAAUUCAGAAAGUGGUCAACACAUACACUCCAGGAAAGAAGAUUUGGCUUGAAGGUGUGGUUACCACCUCAGCUGGAGGCACAAACAACCUAUCAGAUUCCUAUGCUGCAGGAUUCUUAUGGCUGAACACUUUAGGAAUGCUAGCCAACCAGGGCAUUGACGUUGUGAUACGACACUCAUUUUUUGACCAUGGAUACAAUCAUCUGGUGGACCAGAAUUUUAACCCAUUACCAGAUUACUGGCUUUCUCUCCUUUACAAGCGUCUGAUUGGUCCUAAAGUUCUGGCAGUGCAUGUGGCUGGGCUCCAGCGGAAGCCACGACCAGGACGUGUCAUCCGAGACAAACUAAGGAUCUAUGCUCACUGCACAAACCACCACAAUCACAACUAUGUCCGUGGCUCCAUUACACUUUUCAUCAUCAACCUACAUCGAUCAAGAAAGAAAAUCAAACUGGCUGGGACUCUCAGGGACAAGCUGGUGCACCAGUAUCUGCUGCAGCCCUAUGGGCAGGAGGGCCUAAAGUCCAAGUCAGUGCAGCUGAAUGGCCAGCCCUUAGUGAUGGUGGACGACGGAACCCUUCCAGAACUGAAGCCCCGCCCCCUGCGGGCCGGCCGGACGUUGGUCAUCCCUCCAGUCACCAUGGGCUUUUAUGUGGUCAAGAAUGUCAAUGCUUUGGCCUGCCGUUACCGAUAAACCACCCUUCAUUCACAAGCUGCUGGUGGGCCUGCUGGACUGCUUUCUUCUCUUCUACCCUAAUAGUACCCUUAUUUUUCAGACAUCUUAGCAACCAGCCUCUGCUCUCCGUCCUGCUGGAGUCAACAUAGACUUGCUCUCCAAAGAGACUAAAUGUUGUAGUGUGAGCUUAGCCUAGGUAGACCGCAUCUGUCCCUAAGGAAAAUGUAGACAGCCUGUGUUCCCAUGCAAAGAUAAAGGUAUAUGUCCAUUUACGUACACCAGAAAAACAGGCUGACAGCACAUUUUCAGAGCAAAUGUUUUCAAACAGCUCCCCAUGAUCCUGUUCACACAGCAGGGUAACUACAAGCCCCAAGCCUUAGCCUGUUGCUGCUGCCCUCAACAGAAGAUGGGGAAGGAAAAGGCUGGGGGGACCUGCAAGAUUCUAAUUAUCUUCUAACUCUCUCUCCUUGUCUGUUUCCUGCUGCUGCCUUGGGUUUCCUGACACUUCUCUUCCCAUAGGGGAACAAAUGGGUGAGUCAGCUCUGGCCUGCUGGGUGAGCUGUUUAUAUAAUUUCCUGGCUGAUGUAUGAGUAUGUGCAUCUGGGUUUCUGACAGUGGCAUCCAUCACUGGCUAUUCCUCUGGGAAGCGGGUGCUUCAAAAGUAGAAUUACAAUCAUUCUCCAGAUUUCGUAAGGCUCUAUUCCUCUGUGAAUCAAGAUUCCCUGAGGCUUGGAAUGGGAGUCAGGUAACAAUAUUCAUUGAGUGGAGAGCAAUGUAUUAGGCACCACAAAAAGCAAUCAUCAUCCUUCAUGUGGCCAGAAGAGAGAGAGUUUUAGUAGAAAGAGCACAUGGCAACAUCAAGUGUACACGCAUAGACACACACACACACACACACACACACACACACACACACCAAAGCAAUUAGACCUGGCCCCUAAACUGAGAGGAUUUCAAAGAUUCAAGACUGAAGCCCUUGGUUUUUUGAUUGACCAAAAGCCAUUUAAAAGGUGUGAGUUAAAGCCACUGUAAAUGAGACUGAACCUACCCCUUCUGCCUCUUCCCAUGUAGCUGAAUCUCUCAGUGGUAUUUACUAGGCAGAGACCCCAUCUGGUCAUUAAAGAUGACCAGAUCUAUCCUACCCCAGCCCAGUUUACUUGAGCAUAGAACAAAGCUUUCAGUUAGUCAGUUUGAAGAAUGAGAAAUCAGUCUGAUGGCAAACUUUAGAAUGGUAGGUAGGAGGCAUCUGAGUUGGGCAGGCACAAGGAGGAGUGAUUUAAAGGUUAUGACAGGGACCUUUAUAUAGGUGGGUCUUGGCAAACAAGCUGCAAUGACUUUCUGUGGAUGUGAUUGUCCUUGGGAUAAAUGACAUGAAUUCUUAGGGAGGAGACAGAUACUUGACACUAUCCUGAGUGCCAGAAAAGCCAAUGACACAAGGACAAGCCUCGGGCAGGAGUUCAAGGUAACUGAAGACACCAGCAGGGACUUAACUUAGAUACCUGAAGUGUAAGUAUUUGGGCUAAGUCUGCAAAGUAAAAAACAAGAGGAGGUUUAGACAAACAAGGUGGCAAAGGAUUCUGUUUGGUGAAUUGGGAAUUUGGAAGUGGGAAGGCACCUGUCCAAUUCAAUGUAUAAGGAAGAUGGUGGAGUCAGGUUUUGAUGUGCUUAUUGUCAGGUACAGGAAGAGGAGCAUCCAUAGUGGACCAGAGCAAACAGGGUGGGAGAGAUUGAGGACAGGCUGGACCCACCAAUGAUCAGCAUAGAAGCAUCUGGACAGAAAAGAGCUUACCCAACAAGGUAGACUGCUUGCCCAACAAGGCUCCCAGGGGGCAUCCUUUCUCAGGAACCAGGUGCUUCCCAUGGAAGCUUCAGCUCUGAAAGGGAAGUCCUCAGACUGGAGGUAGGAGGGAAGGGAAGGGAAGGAAGAGACAGGUGGGCAAGUCAAAGCCAGGAAGAGCAUGAAAAAGAGAAAAGAGACAAAUAGAUAGUUUUUCCUUGAACACAUAUAAAAAUCUCUUCUGAAUACCAGUCAGGGAGCAGCUGCAGGGUUUCCUGACAGUAGCAAAGUAACCAGAGGCCCCUAAUGGGCAGACCCUUGGCUAGAUUGCUUUGCAUGUAUAGAGGUCCUACAAUGAAGUUACUGUAGUCAUCCUGAUGUUCCUAUGAGGCAUGGAGAGGGUCCUCCCUUGCCCAGGGUCACCCAGUGUAAUUUGAGGAAUAAUCCAGAACCUUCCCACUUAACCAUCAAGCUCAGUGGCUUUUCAUGUCAUAAACUACCCAGGGCUUUCCCUCCUGUUAAGGCUCUGCUCACUCAGUAUAGCCAGGACUUUCAGAGCCCCAUCCAAACACACUUUCUGUAAAUAAGUGUUGAUUCUUCACUAAGCCUUGCAGAAUGUAGGUAAUUUCUGCUGCUUUUGUCUUUCUCUGUGUAUUAAAUGCUGCACCCAAGAGGCUGAAGUUUUGUUUGUUUUUUAGCUAAUAAAAAGGGAAGAGGGAAGCACUGAAAUUUAUCUUCGGAGUCUUGCAGUUCUAUCUUCACAACUACCUCAUGGAAGAAGUAUUUGCAUUACUCAGAGGACACCAAGACACUCACCAUAACAUCACACUCCAUAGCAAUUUUAGCACAGUGCAUUUGUCUUGAUGCCCAUAGGGGAGGGGGUGGAAGGAACAGUUAUUAAACCAGUGGGGGCCGCUCUUUAUAGGAAUUGUCUUUCACAUCCACCCACAAAGAGAGCCUGUGGUAAACAGAGCAUCAGAACCCACAGCAGGGGAGCAGUUGACUCUGCUGGAAAAAUAAAGAGCAAAAAGCUCCUCCACCAGCUUCCCUGGGUCAGUUUUCCUUCAUCAUGUAAGACACAGCAGAGAUCAUGGGAGACAUAAGAUCCCUUCAUUUUAAAUCAAAGAAUGGCCUUGUGGAAAUGCUUAGUGAAAGAGUAAUCAUGCAUAAUGAGA